AUCGAGAGGAGCGAACGCCGUUGUGGCAACACAGAAAUGUCUAUGAGUUUGACCCCGAAGCUCGUGUCCCGAGCAGAAGGAUCGUGUGGUGUAGGGCCUGGCCCUUCGUUUUUAAUUUUCAUCUCGCUGAAUACAGUGUAAAAUGGGCACAUAAUAGUUGUCUACAAGUAUUGAAAAUCGUGCUCAAAUUAAACGCAGUAAGUUGCUUAAUUAACUGACUUAGUAAGUAUAUUCUGUCGACUAUGGCCAAUCCAAAUCGUGAAAGUGUUAGUACUCGUUUCUCCGAUAAUUAUGAUCUGAAAGAAGAAUUAGGAAAAGGUGCAUUUUCUAUAGUGAGGCGAGCGGUGCAAAAGUCUACCGGUUAUGAAUUCGCUGCCAAAAUCAUCAAUACGAAAAAGCUCUCCGCCAGAGAUUUUCAAAAAUUGGAAAGAGAAGCGAGAAUUUGCCGUAAACUCCAACAUCCUAACAUCGUUAGAUUACACGAUUCUAUUCAAGAAGAGCAUUUUCAUUAUUUGGUAUUUGAUUUGGUAACGGGUGGUGAAUUAUUUGAAGAUAUUGUGGCACGUGAGUUUUAUUCUGAGGCAGACGCGUCUCACUGUAUACAGCAAAUUUUGGAGUCAGUGCAUCACUGCCACCAUAAUGGAGUUGUCCACAGAGAUUUGAAACCAGAAAAUCUUUUGUUGGCUAGCAAAGCUAAAGGCGCGGCAGUAAAACUUGCAGAUUUCGGUUUGGCUAUAGAAGUGCAAGGUGACCAACAGGCGUGGUUCGGUUUCGCUGGUACUCCUGGUUAUUUAUCACCCGAAGUUUUAAAGAAGGAGCCAUACGGCAAACCAGUAGAUAUUUGGGCGUGCGGUGUCAUAUUAUAUAUUUUACUGGUUGGAUACCCUCCAUUUUGGGAUGAGGAUCAACACCGAUUGUACGGUCAGAUUAAAGCCGGAGCUUACGAUUAUCCCUCUCCUGAAUGGGAUACCGUUACGCCUGAAGCAAAAAGUCUAAUUAAUCAAAUGCUAACUGUUAAUCCUAGCAAACGAAUUACAGCUUCCGAAGCAUUGAAACACCCAUGGAUAUGCCACCGAGAACGUGUAGCAUCUGUAAUGCACAGACAAGAGACAGUAGACUGCUUGAAGAAAUUCAAUGCACGUCGUAAAUUGAAGGGUGCAAUUUUAACGACAAUGCUUGCAACCCGGAACUUUUCUGGAAAAUCAAUGGUCAACAAAAAAGGUGAUGGAUCGCAGGUAAAGGAAUCGACUGAUAGCAGUACCACUUUGGAGGAUGAUGACUUAGAUAAAGAUAAGAAGGGCGUGGACAGAGCUUGCACUGUGAUCUCUAAGGAACACGACGAUGAAGCCUUAUCAAAAGCAGACUCUUUUGGAAAAGCGCGUGGCGAUAGUAAUGCAUCAUUACGUCGAGCAGAAGUCAUCAAGAUUACGGAAGUACUGAUCGACGCUAUUAACAACGGUGAUUACGAUACUUAUUCCAAAUUAUGUGAUCCUAAUGUGACUGCAUUCGAUCCGGAUGCGUUGGGAAAUCUAGUAGAAGGUGUUGAAUUCCAUAAAUUCUUCAUUGACAACACUCCGGCCCAUGUUAAGACUAACACAACCAUUUUAAAUCCUAGAGUCCAUUUACUCGGAGAGGAUGUUGCAGUUAUAGCAUAUGUAUGCGUGACACAGAGUGUAGAUGCUGAGGGUCGACGAGCCACCCACCAGUCACAAGAGACUCGUAUUUGGCACAAACGCCACAACAAGUGGACAGCAAUACAUUUCCAUCGCUCCUAACUAGGCCCCUUACUCCAAUCCUUAGCGCCAAUGGGUAGGAAAGAAGGUCUCAUAGAAGAUGUUAUAUGCAAUGGCGACAUCAACGAGGAUGUCAUGUCAUUUUAAAGCCUUGAAUGAAAGAGACCACAUAAAGUAUAUCCUUUGGCAGUGAAUGAAAACUUAUAUCCAGUUCAGCUAUGAAAAGUACACGAAUUUUAUUAGAAAUUCUUUAUAAUCCCAAGGAGUUAAGUUAUUACAUAUAAUGAAAUGUUAUCUACUACCUACACCAAUCUAAGUACUUCUACUUAAUAUUCUCGUUUUGAAAUAAAAAAUAAACAAUGUGGCUAAAAUGUGAUACAAUCAAAAUAUCCAUUGCUUUGUGCUAGUUAAAGUAGUGUACGUUACCACACCACGGCCACAAUCGAAUAUUGUCAACGAAUAUCGCGACAAAUUGUUGCUGAUCAAAGUGAAAUCUCAAUAAUCUCAGAUCUGAUACUUUGAAUAUAUACAUUUAAGAGUAAAAUCAGCAAAAUUUCAAGGUUUAGAAUUAUUAGCACAUUUCUCAGUAAGUCUCUCUACAUUUUUAACUAUGAAUGUUUUGUCGUGCUUAAAAAUGGUGUUCUAUUUGUUAUCAAAAUACUUAGCUAGUAAGGUUUAAGUAAAUAAUAAAUCAAGCAGUUAUUGGCACUAUAAAUCUGACAGUGAGAUGAAUUCUUGAGUGGUGAGAUUACCUUUUUAUGUAUGUACUUUUAGAUUGAGUUAGAAUUUUCUUCAACUAGGACUACUUAAAUAGUUAGUGCGCUGAAUGUAACUUUAUACAUUUUAAGUGGUUUAUAUCAAUUUCGUCAAUUUUAGAUUUUAAAAUGUUGUAACUAUUAUUCAGCUAUUUGCUUUUAAAAAAGUUAUAAGUAAACUAUAUUUUAUUACUUAUUCAAACUUAUCUAUAUUAUUAUUCAUUGAUAAAUUAUAUUUAACCAAUCGGCUCGACCUAAAGUCAUACUUACUUAAUUACUUUUAGGUUUGUCCAUGUUAGGCGUAGGCAUACUACGCUUCUAAAUGAAGGCACUUAGAUAGCAUAGUUACUGUAUUUAAAUUACCUAAGUAUCCAGUAUUGUGAACAUUGAUCUUGGGUUGCGAUCUUGGUUUUGUACCUGACUAGAAAGAUCAAAUAAAAAUAAUUGUGAAAAUACAUAGCUAUUAAAAUUUUAAAGUGAUAACUGUGCAAGAGAAUGGUCUGUUUCAUGGUUCUUUGAUCUAAUAAAAGUAAAUCUUUAUGAGGAGCUUUGUCAACGGUGAUAUUAAUGUAUAAUGUGAAGUAUUUUUUGCACAGUUUCACUUUUGAAAUGUGCUUUAUAAAACUAUUGAAAUCUCUAUCUGUAAGUCUGCAGUCUAGUAAUUCAGUAUUUCCUAGAAAUAUACUUAGAUAUAUAAUAAAUAAUGACAUUUACCCAUGUUUUUUACAAUUUUGUAACAUAUUUUAGCAUAGUUAGCAAAACUUACUUUAACAAAUAUCAGGGGAGUUGGAAUUGUAAUUAAUAAAAUUGCAUUGCUUAAUUAGAAAAAUAUUAAGUGAUAAUUUCACUGUAUCCAGAGUACAUACAUAGUUGUGCCAUUAUAUCGAAUUUAGUGCCAAUAACUGUAAACCUAAAAAUGUAUUCUAGUCUUUAUUGUUACGCAUAUUUAGUAUUUAAUCAACGUUUUUAAAUUAAUUUUGAAGAUAUACAUACAUAAAUAGUAACUUACAUUAUGUACAUAGAUAUUGAAUUGCACAUUGCAUGUUUAAAAGUGUCGUCUUCAUUACCUAUUAUAUCUUUCUCCAGAUUAUUGUUUUUCUUGAAUAUACACAUUUACUUAUAUAUGAAACUUGUUGUAUUAGUUGUCUUCGUUACGUAACGUGUUUAUUUACUGGAUUAUUACAUUAUUUAGCAUAACUCUCAAACACUUAAAUAAUAUUAAUGUUGUUAUUUAAAUUUAUUAUAUGGGGCCAUCCAUAAAUUACGUCACACGUUAAGGGGGAGGGAGGGGGUCGUCGCAGUGUGACAUCGUGUGACAAAGGGGUGGGAGGGGUCCUAAAUUUCGUGACGUCACAUUUCAAAAUCUAUUGUAAUCUAAGUGUUGAAACUAUUACUUUAUGAAAACAUUAAUAACCCAAACGAGAACGUUUUUUUGUUUUGUUAUUUGUUUGAUUUGAUGUUAAUAUUAUUAAAAAAACAAUUUAAAUGGAAAUAAAACUGAUUUCAGAACCGCUGUUUUCAUUCAAUAAUUUCUAAAUGUAAAUUUGCAUAAUAUGUGACGUCACACUAAGGAAGGAGAGUGUCUCACAAAUGUGACCAGCUGUGACAAGGACGGGGGGAGGGGCAAAAAAUCAUAAAAUUCGUGUGACGUAAUUUAUGGAUGACCCCUUGAAUAAUUUAUUUAACGUAAAUACCAAAUGUUCUUCUGGAUAUUAUACAACCCUGGUUAAUAAAACACUAAGUACUUACCUACCUUUACGAAAAUAAUUUCAUAACUUGAAAGUAAAUUUGGAAAAAUUGUAUUUCUAGAAAUAUAAACUUAUUCGUCCACGUGUCACCGUAAAUAUACCAGUUAAAACAGUAGUUAACUUUUUUUAAAGCUACAAAGUUUUCUCUAAAAAAACUAGUAACUUUCUUCCGCAUUUUAUGAAUAUUAAACUGAUACUUAAAAGUUUAUCUAUUUGAAAAUCAAACUACUGACGUAUACCUCGAUGUCUUUAAAACGAAUGGUCGAAGCUUGUUACAAAUCAUUUACCUACUCGUUAGGCAUAAUACCUACCUAUUUUAUAUUUCUAAACUUGCAAUGUUUCUCUACCAUUAACAUGAUACCGUAAAAUAAAAAUACUUAUGUAGCUGUAUAAUUCGUAUUCAGUGUUUUUUUUAUGCAUAUCAGUCUUAAGCUGAUUGUAAAUUUAAUUAAAAUAUUAAUUAGCGUCAGUUAAGGAAAAUGCCAACGUCAGCAAUGUAUGCGAAAAAUUAACCGUUUAUUAUAUAUAAACAUGCGUAGGUGUAUUGUUUAAUGUUAUGUUUAAGCUCGGGUGGAUAAAAACUUAUUUUACCAAUUCCCUAGCACUACAUUGAACGCUUCGGAACUUCACCUGAAAUAAAGCUUAUGACACUGUUAAUGCCUGUACGUGCAGUGCACUGUAAUUACCAUUUUUAAUUUUUAAACUACCAUUUUUUUGUUUGGUAAAGACUGGCAACCAAGCUUUUAUUAUGGUUUACCUCAUUCACCACAAUAGGCUAAACCUCACAAUACCAGAGAAUAUCACUCACAUCACGUGACAAGUCACGUACGUACCGUGACCCCUCUCUCCCCCAUGGAGCUCUGAAAAUAAAACACUAAAGAAUGGUGUUAUUUAGUUGCAGUCUUCUGUUUGGUGAAGGUUACUUCCCAGACAGACGCUCCUAUUCGAGUGGAAAACACGCCGUGCCAUACCUCUCAUAACGAAUCUACUAUUUUAUCUCUCAGAAUAAGACCCAUGAUCAAGAUACGAGUUGGUAAAAAGAAUUUCUUGAAUAUUGAAAAUUAAAAUGAAAAUAUUUGCUUAAUAUUAAUACAUAACUACCAAUGUUGAAUUAUCAAUAUUAUCAUUGACAUUUAAAUCAUUAAAACCAUUUUUAUUGAGUAGUUAUAUAAAAAAUUAUCCCUAAUUAUUAAUAAAAUCUUGUUAAAAUGUUCUUAUAUGUAUUUCUUAAAUUAUACCCAUAGGCUAAGCUACAAAGUUGCCUCGGAUUGAUGAGGGUAUUUUAAACCCAUGAGUGUUAUUUUCCAAUUGCAGUACUUACACACAACAUAAUUAAUAUCUUGUGUGAAUAAUUAUUAAAGAAAUGUAUUAUUAAGAGAUAAGCAUCCAAAUGGCUAUGAAAACUUAAAUAAAUUCUUAAAACAUAAUUUUUUGUUAAAUUUCGUCCUAAAUUUCAAUAUCUUUGAUCUACCUUGAUACUACAAAAAUCACUUUAAAGUUAAUGUUAUGUUACUAUCUUAAUAAUUUGAUGAUAAAUGGCUUUGCCUAUGGGUUAAUGAUGAUAAAAUCAUAGCCAUUUAUCUCUUUUGAAAAGCUGCACAAAAAUCAUGAACUUCCAGAAAACAACCAAAUUACCAAAAACCUUUUUUUAAGUUAAUUGUUUAUUGUCUUCCUUCAACAGUAUUCAAAGAAAACUAAAUAUGAAUACAAACUUCAAUAGACCUAAAAUUUAAUUAAAUUUUUUAUAGCUCUCUGCAAGUUGUUAAUAAUGCACUUUUAACUGUUAGCAUGCAUUUAUCUCACCGGCUUACAUUUAUCAGGGGAGCAUAAAAAUAUUUUUCAUACUUUUCCUAUCGGCUUCUUUUAAUUAUUAACCUAGACAAAAUAGAUUAUGUUAUGAUAAACUUAUUAUUUUGUACUUACAAAUUUUUACUCCUGAUUACCAUUUGAAUUCACAUUGGUACUUACUAAUAAAUUUACUAUGUACUUCUGCUAUUCACAAAACUGCUCAAGAGUAACACAUUGUGUAAAGUAAAUAGUUUCACAGCGUUUACAUAAAUUACAUGGGCGAGAUGCAAUAUAAUGGGAAUAUAUUUUAAAGAUAUUUUUAGCAUUUAAAGUUUGACAUACAAUUAUUUCUUUCUCUACAUUUUCUGGUCUAGCAUAUUGUUGCAGAUUAAUGUACAAAGAAAAUAUUGACCACUGAACAAAAAUAUAAACAUAAUUAUAUCGCGAGGAUUUUGUUUGGUUUGUCUAAUCAUAUUGAAAUAAAGUGCUUGUAAGGUUAUUGUAUUGAGAGAAUGCAACCAGUGUCUUUAGUAAAAAUUUAUUACUGUUGCACCCUUGCUAGCAAUGUGGUUGAGAUUAUUUUGUAAAUUUUAAUAGAUAACCACAGUUUAUUUAGUAUUUAUUUGCUCUUUGUUAAGUUAAUUGCUAAGUUUGCUGUAGAAUAAUUUCCAAAAUAUGUGAAAGUGUAGAUGUAUUAAAGAAUUGUCAAUAAAUAUAUUUGUAUUCAACAUAAUUUCUGAAACCUCUGCAUUGCCGAUUAUCAUGUAACAUUCUCUAAAAUAAAGUUCUUUUGAUCUAUAAAACAAUUUUAAUUAACUUUAUUGUCAAAUAUAAUUCAACACUAUUUCUAAUAAAUGCAUUAUACUACAUAAACUAAUAAAUAAUCAAACACUACAAAUUAUGCAAAAAUUACAAAUGUUCAAAAAGUUUACCUCAUAAUUUUUGUAAAAAUUUCACUUUCUUGUAGACACUUUUACAACCAUCAAGGGUAACAUCAAAGUUAUUUAAUAAAUCAUUAUGUACAUUAUUACUUAUCCUCUGACCUGCAAGUACAUCAUCAAUGCACUUUUCCAGAGACUUUUGUGUAAGUAAUUCAUAUUUAAUAAACUUUUUCAUAACAUUUACAUUAUCAAAACUCUGUAUUAACUCUCUAUAAAAUUGCUCAUCACAGCUCUUUAAAAAAUCUUUAGUGACAACAUCACAGUUUACUAUUAGAAUAAUUGUGAGUUUCUUUUUCAAAUCUUCACUUUUUUUAAUAAUUUCUAAUAUGAACUUCUUAACUGUUAGUAAAUCUGAUCUUUUCAGGUCAUCAACAAUAACAGUAGAAGAUUUGCACACAUUCAUCCCAUACAUAUGUUCUAUUGAAAACAUGUCCAUGAAACUAGGCAUAGUAUAAUGAUAUAUAUUUGAAGAGUUCCAGAUAUUUUCUAAUAAUAAAGAUAUGGUGUAGGUUUUUCCAACCCCAGUGGGACCAUACAGAAAAAUUAUUUUACUGUCCCGAGGCAGAUCCAAAGCAUCCACAAAUCCAUCUAUCGCUUUUGUUUGAUCAUAUACUCUGUUUUUAAGUACAGCUUUCAGUUCUAUCAAGUUAAUUUCUUCAAUACAUCUCAGAUCCAAUAUUAAAUAUACUAUUACAGAUGCACAUAAAACGAAAAGUGUUAAAAAUCCUUUGAACAGAAUACUUUUCUUUUUAUCUGUCUUCAUUUUGAUGUGGAACGUCUUCAAAUGCCAUGUUUCAAUUGGACCGGCAGGAACUUCUUUUAGCUUUUGAGUUAUUGAACUAUUUGGAACCAAUGCUUCAUUGUGGGAUGUAUCCAUUGAAUUUGAACUUAUAUCAACAUCCAUGGGUUCGCAACUAGUUUCAAAUUUCUCCAUCCUAGAUGUUUUUGCAGAAGUUUUUGUUUUAAACCUGCUCAAGUGCACAGAAAUCGGUACUCUACUUUAUUAUUACAUACAGUUCACACAUCUACUUUAAGUAAAAUAGUAGAGAAAGAUCGCAUCCAAAGCAAAUCUUCACGAGAUGUUUUUUUCUAAAAAUUCCUGAAAAAUCUUAUAUUUAUCUUUUUCUCAUUCUUGCAAUAAAUAUCCCGCAAAAAUU